ACAAAUAUUGUGCCCAAUGAUCAAAAAUCGAGAACAUCUCAUUCCUCAGGAAUUUCCCAGUGAUGAGUCAACAGUGGCCUAAGUGAGUAUAAAUACCAGCAUGUUUUACACACUCAACCAUCAGACAGGAGAAGUCAGACAGGAGAUGACAAGAGUCACCAAAAGAGGCAGUAAACUCCACCAGCUAUCUAAAGAUGAAGACAUUCAGUGCUGCAGUUACACUGGUCGUGCUAAUCUUUAUUUACAUUCAGAAGAGCUCUGCUUUUCCAUCCAGUGGGGUGCAAGGGACGGAGGAAGCAGCGAGCGAUGACUAUCCAGCUGGAGCAGAGGAGGAGACAUCAGUGGAAACAUGGAUGAUGCCAUUCGACAUCAGGCAGGAGAGUUAUAAUAGCCCUAUUAGAUGCCGUUAUUGCUGCGGCUGCUGCACCCUCAGUGUCUGCGGUAUGUGCUGUGAGUGAGGAUUCUUGUACCUGCCUGGGACUCCAGCAACAAGCACUGAAAUUUUAUUUAUUGUACUCAUAAAUUCAAAAUCCCACUGGAUUUGGUCAUGCUGUAGUUACUAUGUGACUGCCUUAUAUAUAUAUAUAUAUAUAUAUAUAUAUAUAUGUGUGUGUGUGUGUGUGUGUGUGUGUGUGUGUGUAUAUAAUAUCAUUUUUAAGGUUAAUAAAAUAUCAUAUCAUCAAA